UAAAUGACAACAAACAAGCACUGAAGGCGGACCGAGUGGAAGUCACAGCGGAUACACCGACAGAGGCAAAACUGCAUGGUUUACUUUUGACCCGUGGUCUCAGAACACAAGUUUACCUUUUUGAACUCGUACAAACUGACUGAAAACACGGUCUGAAUCAGCUCAUCGCGUGGUGUUUGUCGGUGUCCGGUUUCCUGACACAGAGGGAUUGCGAUGCCCUCUGACUUUACGUCGCUCUUCAGCGGGGAACUCGACCUGUAUUCUCCCACACCGUCGUCCCACUCUACAGGAUACGGUACUCAUGAUGGGGUCACAUUCCAGUACCUAUGUGUAAACAGGACAUUUUCUGAGGUGUGUGAUCCUCUUCCUGGACAGUGGCAGUUGCAAAGCUCCAGUCAGCAGAAGCUCAAAGUUAUGAGUCAAAAGAGUGGUGGAGUGGCAGGUUCACCUCCUUCUGCGACCCUACCGACAGAUAUUAUGUCCUCCAUGACCAUCGAAGGCAACUGCAGUGCCCUCACCCCAUCAAGCAGGUCAUCCAUGCAUCCAGGUAGUGACCAGGCAACAGCAUUCAACAGCAAUGUUGAGCCAGAGGAAGACAGGAGUGGAAGGCCUCUUACUGAAGGGAUCGCUCUUGAGGGCAUCAAUGUUAACAUCAGCAGUGGUGCUAACUGCAGGGCAGGCAGUGACGUAGGAGUUACAUCCCAGGACAUGCACCUGAUUAGCCCCUCAAAACGCAGAACAGUGCUCAACAUCUCUCCACCUCCUCAAGAUCUGUUGGAUAAUAGUCGUAUGUCAUGUCAGGAUGAAACAUUUGGAGAGUCAGAACAGAGCAACAGCAUCUGGAUGGAGGACUCUCUUUCGAACUUCAGCAUGAUGAGUACAGUUUCCUACAAUGAUAACACAGAAGUGCCUCGAAAGUCUCGCAAACGCACCCCCCGUCAAAGGCCUGGUCCUAAGUCUAAACAGGGCUCUAACCGGGACGUGUUUGAUGCAGACAGUGCUAAAGGUCCACACUUUGUCCUCUCUCAACUUGGCCCUGACAAGUCUGGACCAAAAGGAAGUUCUGAAGAUGGCACUCAAACAUCUAAUCCAAAAGGAGGAACUCUUUCAGUGCAGUAUCCAGCAAAGAGUGAAGGGAAGGAGCUGAAAAUUCUGGUCCAGCCAGAGACCCAGCAUCGGGCUCGCUACCUGACUGAAGGCAGCAGAGGCUCAGUGAAGGACCGCACUCAACAGGGUUUUCCCACUGUAAAGCUGGAAGGAGUGAACGACCCUGUGGUUCUACAGGUGUUUGUAGCUAAUGACUCAGGACGAGUGAAGCCUCAUGGAUUUUAUCAGGCAUGUCGCGUAACUGGACGCAAUACCACUGCCUGCACUGAAGUGGACGUUGGGGGCACAACUGUCAUUGAAGUGCCUCUAGAUCCUAAUACCAGCAUGACGUUGGCUGUGGACUGUGUUGGGAUUCUUAAGCUCCGUAAUGCUGAUGUGGAGGCACGUAUUGGAGUGGCAGGAUCCAAAAAAAAGAGCACCCGUGCUCGACUGGUGUUUCGUGUCAACAUCCCUCGUGCUGAUGGAUCAGUGCUCACACUUCAGUGUCCCUCAUCACCUAUACUAUGUACUCAGCCUGCUGGGCUUCCUGAAAUCCUUAAAAAAUCUUUGCACAGUUGCUCUGUACGAGGUGGAGAAGAGGUCUUCAUUAUUGGAAAGAAUUUUCUAAAAGACACUAAAGUCAUAUUUCAUGAGAAUGUUUCUGAUGAAACUUCCUGGAAGGCAGAAGCUGAAAUUGACAUGGAGCUGUUUCAUCAGAACCACUUGGUAGUAAAGGUCCCUCCAUACCAGACUCAGUCAAUCACCUGUGCAGUUUGUGUGGGUAUUUAUGUGGUGACCAAUGCUGGGAGAUCCAACGAUAUCCAGCCAUUCACAUACACUCCCGAUUCAGGAAAAACAGAUAUUUCUGUAAAAAAGGAGACUGUUUCUCCAACCAAGGACUGCUCAUUUGAUAAUCAAAAAGAACCUGCUUUAGUAACGUCUAUGUUACCUUUGGUAAAGACUGAAGAGGUCACUCCGAUGGAGGUGACCAGUAACUUGCAGAACGCUGGAGUAUUCAAGAAUGGUCUUUGUUCGCAGCCAAAUGCAAACAUCACUUCUGGUGCUCUAAAUAAGAACAGACCCUACUCCAGUAGUCUUCAGCAGGCAACAGGUGACCCAGAUCAAGGCCAGACGUUUACUAACGCUGAGCAAUUAAGCACCAUUCAAAAACAGGACAUCACCCCACCCAGCUUUACUGUGCCUUCUGGAGACUCUCUGGUCCAACAGCAGUUCCUCCUGAAGCCUAGGGAGAGUGUAAGGCAAGACCAGUCGAGCAGUGGCCCCGCAGGAGUGGGUAGGCUCUGUGGGGAAGCCACUCCUCAGCCACCACAGAUGGCUGUGUUCCCUUCAGAUGAAGUGGCACAGUUAGAAGAGGCUGUAAGACAGCUCAAAGCCAAAGGCUACUGCAGGAUCUCGCAACCAGACAAUUCACUGGCUAAACAGCAGCACAUACAGCACCAGCAACAACUCCAAAAUCAACAGAUUCAACAACAGCAACUACAACAGCAGCAGCAGGUUUUAGAUAGCCUCCAGCAGCAGCUGUUUCAGUCCCAAAUCCAGAUGCAGUGUGUGUUUCAGGAUGCGGGGCCGGGGAAAAGUGAGCAGCAAGGAUCCCCACAAGUUGCUCCAAACCAGGCCUCUCUUUUUCAACAGACGCCACAGCAGCAGGUGCCCAUGUUCCAAAGUAAUGAACUUCUAUCUAUUCAGACAAACUUUCUGCAGCAGUCUUCCUCCCAUCCUUCACCACCCAUGUUUCACAAUUCAUCUGCAUUGGCUGAAACUUCUUCUCCACAGGGGACAAUGUUUCAAAAGUCCUCUCAAGAGCAGGUCCAGGCAGCACUCUUCCAGACUCCCAUGUCAGUACUCCAGUCUCCAGAGCAACAGCCCCCUGCUUCAGCUCUGUUUCUCCCACAGACAUCCCUCUCCUCUCAACUCACAACUAACAGCCCUCAACAGCAGCAGCAGAUGGCCUUCCUCAAUACUCUCCAAACUCCAAACCCUGAACCACCAGUAUAUCAGGCUCAGACACAGCUCUCACCUAUUCAACAAAGAAGUCCCAUGGAGCAGCAGCCUUCCCCACAGUCACAGCCACACACACAGUCAGCACAGCAGGCUUCCCUGUUUCAAAACAUCACAGCACACCCCUCUGCAAAUCCACUGUCAGCGAACCCACAACAACAGCCACAGCAGCCAGGCCUUUUAUUUUGCAGCACCCCCUUGUCCACCCAGGACCAGGCAUCCAGCUUGCUGUUUAGUGGUCAGACCCAGAUGAAUGUAGCACAGUCUGAUCGUUCUGAGCCUAUGGCUUUAGGGAACCCCUCUGACCCACGACAGCAGAUUCUGUUUCAGGAGCAGCAGCCGAUGCAGCUGGGCAACACAGCAGGCCCUCGACCAGAGUCGUCUGUGGGCCUUUUCAUGCCUCCAUCAAACAUGACGUCUUUACAACAAGAUCUGGAGAUUGCACAAUCAUCGCUGUUUACUGCACAAAACAGUGUAGCGACCCUCCAAACAACCACCAAUUCUCCUGUUCAACAGCCAGGAACCUUGUUCCAAACUGCAGUCAGCAGCAACAUCAGUCAGCCAAACCAGACACAACAGCCUGGACUCUUCAUGUUUGGGAUUCAGAAUGAAUGUGGUCAACUAAUAAAUCCAGCUGGAAACACUGUGUCAGAUCAGAUCAUUGCCAUCAGCCAGUCUGGUCAGAACCAGAGAGAGAGUGAGGCUCGGAUCCAGUCCCUGCUGAACCAGACUGCCUCAGUCCAGAAUAGCAUGACUGCCUCUCAGAACAUGGAGAAGAUGGACGAGCUGCUAGUUAGCUUACAAGAUUCUGCAAACAGCUUAACACGUUCAUUCUAAUUGCUACAUCAGUAGCAUUUUCUUUCCAAAAUGACAAAUACGGAUUAAGUUAUUGUGAAGUAUAAUAAUGAACCUUAUUAAACAUGGGAAGACUUUUAAAUAUAAAGAUAUAAAGAUAAAUAUUAUCAGAAGAAUUUGAAGGACAGCAAGGUUUCAUCUUUCUUUAAAAAUGUUUGACUGAACUGGAACCCACGCUUUAUCCUUAAUGCAAGUAAAUUUUGUGACAGGAUAAUCUUCUAAACCUUUAUUAGUCAUGUUCAUGUAUGUGCCUCAAUUUCCUUUUAUUCUUUGCAAGACUAGAAAUGUGGGAUGUUGAAUGCAACACAGGACUCAGUAUUUUUGUCAAAUUAACAUUUACUUAACUUUUUGUCUUCAUAUGGUACUUUGUAAUAUCACAAACAAGUUACUAGAUUUGGGCUCAUUCUGUUUCAAAGAAGACACUGUUCACACUGAAGUUUUAAAUUAGUCAUUAGCACUUUAAGGUAUGUGACAAACAACUGCUACAACACGAGUGGGAUGUCAUUGUCUUUUCAUUGGUAAGCUCCUAAAUCACAUAAAAAGAAGGGGAGCAUGGCAGACUAUAUUUUACAGGUAAUAUGCAAUAUCUUGAUUACUGUAUAAAUCAUAGCACCAUAACACUCUGUAUAUACAAUAUUUUUUGCAUUAACACUAUUAUUGUAAAAUGUAGAGGAAAUAUUUUCACUUUUGUGUUGUCAAGAAAUAUCUACCACAUCCAAGUGGUAAGUGUUUAGCUAAUAACAUAUUCACUAUGUUUAGUUGAGACAGUAAAUGAAUUUUGGCUCUGUGUAUGUAAUUACAUGACAUGUGAAUUGUUUGAUAUUACAUCUGAUUGUCAGCAGUCUGUGACUAACAAAUGACUAAAAACAAAUGGUUUUAAAAUCAGCACAUUGCUGAUGGUUUGCCAGUUUUAUGGCUUAUAUAACAAUUUCCAUAUACCCUUUGCCUUUACAUCCUUUAAUUGUUCCUGGACACGAUUGCAGGAACUACGGGGCUGGUCUCAUCGUAACAAUUAGAAGUAUUUGCUUACAACAUGUUAGCAACAAUAUGUUACCUGUAACACAAUGAAAGACAUAAAAUGAGAACUGUCUUUUUCAGUCACUGUCACGGUUUCUCACAGAGACACCUUUACGGUGCCUUUUUCUUAAAGAAAGCCUUAGAAAAGGGCUACUGGAAAUGGCUUUUAUUUACCCAUGAUGGAUUGAAUGUGUCCAGUGUUUUAAAAUGUUAUUGUACAUUUUAGAUCUAAACCUUUUUACUAUAUAUUGUUGUAGGUUUUUUUUUAAGUCUAAUUUAUUUGUGCAAAACGUUUCCAAUAAUAAUUUUAUUAUAAUUAAUUAAUUUAUAAAAUCUCUGAUUGGCUCUUAUUAUCUUCAGUAUGUCUUAAAGAAAUGUGACAGGCCUACAGUAUUUUAAUUCCAUUAAUAUUUUAUGUAAUUGUUGUCAUGUUGCUUAAUGAUACUUGCUAUUUCUCUGACCAAAGCGGUAAUUAUUAUAAAGAAAAAUGAUAUACCUUUACAUAAAUUUGAUUUCCAGUAUCUUGGUGAUGAUCACUAUGUGAUAGGAUUGUUUUUUAUUUUUUUUUUCUUUUUUUUUUUUCACACAAUGACAACAGCGAAUGUACCUUAAUCCUUAAGCCUUGCAGUACAUUAAGAAAGAACUGGUUAGCAAUCUUUGCAAGCCUUACAUUGUACAGUUUUCAUUACAGGAUUUCAGCAAUUGCAGCAAUUGGGAUAAAUAGCUUACAUGUUUAAGUCAAUGGAACAAGCGAGAUGCAUACAGCUGUUGAUGACUGUUGUUAUGUUGUUGUGUGUUUGUGUUUUAUUUGCUCUAUUAAACAUAGCCUACUACUACAUCAUAAAA